AUGCGCCCCCUAAAUGACAGUGAGUUUGUGGAGGCGGACGAUGCCCGAGAUGAGAGUUUGGCCCGGGUGGAGAUCGCCUUGCUCAGUGCCAUCUUCGUGAGCGCCGCCAUCCUCAACACCGCCCUGCUGCUCGUCCUCUGGAGACAGCGCAAGCAGAUGUCCAGGAUGCGCGUCUUCGUCUUCAACCUGUGCCUGGCCGACCUGGUGGUCGCCUUCUUCCAGGUGUGCCCGCAGCUCAUGUGGGACAUCACGGACAGAUUCGUCGGGACGGACUUCAUGUGUCGUCUCGUGAAGUACCUGCAAGUUCUCGGCAUGUUUUCCUCCACGUACAUGAUCGUGGUGAUGACGGUCGACCGGUACCAAGCUGUCUGUAACCCCAUGGUGAAGUUUCAGCGGACGCGCACGAGACUGAACAUCCCGGUGUGCGUCGCCUGGGGGAUUUCCCUGGUGGGCAGCCUGCCACAGGUCUUCAUCUUCUCUCAGGUCGAGGUCGCCCCCGGAGUCUACGAUUGCUGGGCUCUUAUCCAACCGUGGGGUUUGCAGACGUACAUCACCUGGACGACACUGGUCAUUUUUGUUCUGCCUGUUGUUACGGUUGUGUUCUGUCAAGUGCGCAUCUGCCGGGCGAUCCAGAUCAACCUCUACCAGAAGACUCGGCAGCAGGGGGGAGCGGGCUUCGCCCUGCCGUCCAGAUCCAGCGGCGUGGCCGGGAUGUCCAAAGCCAGGGUGAAGACGUUAAAGAUGACCGUGGUCAUCGUUCUGGCGUACAUAGUGUGCUGGGCGCCUUUCUUCACUGUCCAGCUGUGGUCUGCGUGGGACUUACACGCACCCAAAGAAACUGCAACUUUUACCAUCCUGAUGUUGCUGGCAAGCCUGAACAGCUGCGUGAAUCCCUGCAUUUAUCUUCUUUUCAGCGGUCAGUGUCCCAAGAGGUUGUGUCGGCGGUAUUCAUACGGUAAGGACUCCACGCACGAAGAGGUGACACUGGUCAGCGCCUUGUAUAUGAGCUUCAAAAACGUUUCCUCUGACUUUAAAUACUGAGUGACAUGGUUUUGAAAAAGGGCGGACCUGCCAGUCAAAGGGUUUGCCCUUCAUGCGUUGCCUCUGGGUUCUCUGAGUCUGUCAGGUCUGAGAAAAACAAGAACUUUCCAAACUCACUUCAGAAAAGAUACAUUAUGAGUGAAAACUGCACUCCUGCUGUUGAUGGAUGUUGUUGGAUGAUUAAAAACAAGAGGCACUUUCUAGGUUCAGUGGAACCACAUGCUGUAAAAAACACUG